AUGUUGCGGAUGCUCUUUCCCUGUUGGAUCGCUUUAUUGGCUGGGCAGUUCGUAAUCUUUCAUGGGGAAAGCAGCGUGGAAGGCAUGCGUUUGCCAAAUGUGGCGUACUCUCACGCGGGGGUCUGCCCUAACGACAUGAACCCAAAUUUGUGGGUUGACGCAAUGAGCACCUGCACGCGGGAAUGCGAGUCUGAUCAGGAAUGUGAAACAUUGGAAAAGUGCUGCUCGAACGUAUGUGGGAGCAAGAGCUGCGUUGCAGCCCGCUAUGUGGAUGCAACAGGGAAGAAAGGGCCCCAGGGCAGGCCCAAAGAGGCCAGCUGUGAGCAGUUCACCUGCACCCAGCAGGGCUCCGAAUGCCACAUCUGGAGCGGGCAGCCUGUGUGCAGGUGCAGGGACCGCUGCGAGAGGGAGCCCCGCUUCACCUGCGCCUCAGACGGCAUGACCUACUACAACAAGUGCUACAUGGACGCAGAAGCCUGCACGAAGGGCAUUUCGCUGGCUGUAGUCACCUGCAGGUCACAUCCCACCAACACCAGCCCUAUGCCUCCAGGGACCACGGCCCUGCCAACGACUGCCCUGCUGCACACCACACCUCUGGGUGUGCAAGCCCCAGUCAUCUCAGGAAAUCCAGCGCAGCAGUCUGUGUUUGCGGGUGAGACGGCCAGCUUUCUAUGCGAUGUGGCUGGCUGGCCAAAGCCUGAGAUAACCUGGGAGAAGCAACAGGAAGGAAAGGAGAACAUGAUCAUGAAACCCAAUAAUGUCCUGGGAAAUGUGGUCGUCACUAAUGUCGGACAGCUGGUGGUCUACAGUACCCGGCUGGAGGAUACAGGCGUCUACACCUGCACUGCCACAAACUCUGGUGGUUCAGUCCGAGCCCAUUUUGUACUCUCCGUGGUCGAGAGGAGCCUGGUCGAGGAAGGGGAGCUCAAGAACUCCACUCGCUUCCCCGAUCAGGAGUGCCUGAAGGUGCCCGACAGUGGCAGCUGUGGUGGUGAGAAGCUGAGAUGGUACUAUGACAGCAAGAGGAACAGCUGCUUCACCUUCAUCUACGGCGAAUGCAACCGCAACCAGAACCACUUUGACACCUAUGAGUCGUGCAUGCUGUCCUGCCAUUCCGAGCUGGCGCCCCCUUGUGGCCUGCCCAGCCAGCAGGGCCCAUGCAAGGCUUACGAGCCACGCUGGGCCUACAGUGGCACCCUCCGCCAGUGUAAGCCCUUUAUCUUCGGUGGCUGCGGUGGCAACGAGAACAACUUCGAAAGUCGUGAGGCGUGCGAGGACUCGUGUCCUUUUCCACGACACCACCGCUGCAGGCCAUGUCGACCGCGGCAGAAGAUGGUGAGCAGCUUCUGCAGGAGCGACUUUGUGAUCCUGGGCCGUGUGACAGAGGUGGUGGAGGAGGACAACACGGGCCACGCCCUCAUCACGGUGGAGGAGAUCCUCAAGGACGAGAAGAUGGGCCUGAAGUUCUUCCAGAAGGAGCCGCUGGAGGUCACGCUGCAGGACAUGGACUGGAGCUGCCCGUGUCCCAACGUCACUGCCUCGGACACGCAACUCAUCGUCAUGGGUGACGCGCGUGAUGGCAUGGCCGUGCUCCGGCAGGACAGCUUCGUCAGCCCGUUCAGCAUGCGACGCGUGCGCCGGCUGCGUGAGGUCAUCAACAAACACACGUGUGACAUCCUGAAAGAGUUUGUUCAAGAGGGCACUGCACUUGGCCCACACUGA